CUCCGUCCGUACCGUAAAACCCCCAUCAAUCCGAGAACAUUCCAGUCCAUUCCGUUCCGUUUUAGACACAGAAAUCUCUCUCUCUCUCUCUCUUUGUGUGUACGAACUCCGAUCGUCAACCAUUUUCUGGCAACGAUUUCAGUUAACAAAACCCUAACCUUUGGAGUUUCAUUUCUAUUGUGUACAGAAAUGGUUGAUGUGGCUGACAAAUUGGCCUACUUCCAAGCGAUCACGGGCCUUGAAGAUCCCGAUUUGUGCACGGAGAUCCUUGCCGCCCAUGGCUGGGACCUAGAGCUCGCGAUCUCCUCCUUCACCACCACGAACCACCUGUCUCCGCCGGAAAAUUCAGUCGCCGGCCCCACAACUUCCGUCUACGACGAAGGCGGAGGCGGUGGCGGCACGCGAUUGGAACAGGCGGAGAAUAGGGUCGCGGCGGGUCCUGGAUUGGCGUGGAGGGUCGUCACGUUGCCGAUUUCGGUAAUUUCCGGUGGGAUAGGGCUGAUUUCCGGCGCGAUUGGACUCGGAAUAUGGGCCGCCGGUGGAGUUUUGUCCUACUCGAUGGGAAUGAUCGGGUUGGGCCGAACCAGAGAGGCCUCGGCCCGUUUGGUUUCGGUGUCGGCGGCGGCUGCUGAGGCGAUGGAGUUCGUGGAGGUGUUCGAGAGGGAGUACGGGGCGACGGGGCCGAGGUUCGUGGGCGAGGGGUUCAUGGACGCUCUACAGAGGUCGAGGAGCGCGUUCAAGCUCAUGUUCGUGUACCUGCACUCGCCGGACCAUCCGGACACACCUGCGUUCUGCGAGAGGACUCUGUGCUCAGAGGCUAUAGCGGCAUUCGUGAACGAGAAUUUUGUAUCCUGGGGAGGGAAUAUUCGGGCCAGCGAAGGGUUCAAGAUGAGCAACAGCUUGAAGGCCUCGAGGUUUCCCUUCUGUGCUGUGGUUAUGGCCGCCACAAAUCAGAGGAUUGCUCUGCUCCAACAGGUUGAGGGACCAAAAUCUCCUGAAGAAAUGCUCACGAUAUUGCAGAAAGUCCUUGAAGAAAGUGCCCCUGUUCUUGUUGCUGCAAGGCUUGAUGCAGAAGAAAGGUUAACUAACACACGCUUAAGGGAGGAGCAAGAUGCUGCCUACAGAGCAGCACUUGAAGCUGAUCAAGCUAGGGAACGCCAGAGGAGAGAAGAGCAAGAUCGUCUUGUAAGGGAAGCUGUUGACGCUGAGACGAAGCGGAUGGAUGAAGAAGAAGCUCGCAAAAGAGCAGCACGUGAAGCUGCAGAGAAAGAGGCUGCAUUAGCAAAAAUACGGCAGGAGAAAGCCUUGUCACUUGGUGCUGAACCUGAAAAAGGGCCUAAUGUUACACAGGUUUUGGUGCGGUUUCCUACUGGCGAGCGCAAGGAUAGGAGGUUCCACAGUAGUGCAACGAUUCAAUCUCUAUAUGACUAUGUUGAUUCUUUGGGCUGUUUAGAAGUUGAGAGUUAUAGUCUCGUCUCUAACUUUCCUCGGGUCGUUUAUGGCCAAGAGAAACUGUCUAUGUCACUGAAAGACGCAGGUUUACAUCCUCAGGCCAGCCUUUUUGUGGAGCUGAACUCAUAGAGAAACCUUCUUCAGAAAAAAAAGGUUUAUAUGAUCGAUAAUUAGUCCAAGAUGGAGGACCUGCAAGUAGGAUUAAUUGUUGUGUUUUUUUUUUUCCUUUUCUGUUUCAACUUGAUUAGCAAAUGAUACAAUCAUGUAAGAUAGGUUGCCAUGUCUCUGUGGAUCUUUUGUUUUCCCUCAACGCAGAUUCAGUGAAGCAGAUGGCACCAAGUGGAAAAUGUGUUUGAAAUAAUGAGACAUUGAUUUUGCACAUAUUAUCAAAUUGAAAAAAACUGAAUAAGCUUACCUCUAA